GAAGUGCGUCAUCGCGGCUGCUUUCCUGUGACCUGGAAGCGGAAGCGGGGCCGAAGGCGAGCGCGAGGGGUCCGGUGGGGAGCCGGGGGUGCCUGUCGGGUCCGCGAUGGAGGAGGAAGGCGAGGAGCGCCGCCGAGGCCGAGGAGCAGGGAGACGGCGGCGGAGCAGGAGCGGACACAGGAGCAGGCGCCGCCCCGGGAAGCGAAGCGCGCCUCUGGCCCCGGCUCCUUCCGGGGACUCCGGGGAGGGAAGGACGGAGCCCCAGAGGCGGAGCAGGAAGCGGAGCAGGAGGCCCCCGACGCAGAAGCAGCAGCAGCAUCAGGAAGGGGCCCCGGCGGUGAAGGAGGAGGAAGAGGCCGAGGCGGAGAGGAGCCGGUCGCCCCGAGACAGGAGGAGUCGAGGAGCCCCCGCCAGGGUCAAGCAGGAGCGAGAGGACCAUCCUCGGAGGGGACACGAAGAACGGCCGCAUCGGGACCACUCUGCGCUUGAGCCUCGACGGGAGAGAAGUGGCGACAGAGAGCGGCACCGGGACCAUGCUGGCCGGAGGAAGCCCCGCAGAGACGGCCAUGACAGGGAGAGGGGUGGCCAGCGCUUCCCGGACCAUCAGGCCCAACGGGAGCUCUACGACGCUCAGCGGCGGGAGCAUCGGCGGCUGAUGGAGGCCAGCGGCGACGAGGAAAACCGGGAGGCGAAGGGGCCUGGUGGCGGAGGGAGCACUGGCCAAGAGGCAGGGAACAAGGAGCAGCCGAGCUUUGAGCUGUCUGGGGCCCUGCUGGAGGACACCAACACUUUCCGUGGCGUCGUGAUCAAGUACACGGAGCCCCCUGAGGCACGCAUCCCCAAAAAGCGCUGGCGGCUCUACCCCUUCAAGAACGAUGAGGUCCUGCCCGUCAUGUACAUUCACAGGCAGAGCGCCUACCUUCUGGGCCGGCACCGGCGCAUCGCAGACAUCCCCAUAGACCACCCCUCCUGCUCCAAACAGCACGCCGUCUUUCAGUACCGGUUGGUGCAAUACACUCGGCCGGAUGGCACUGCGGGCCGGAAGGUGAAACCGUACAUCAUAGACCUUGGCUCGGGCAACGGCACGUUUCUGAACAACCAGCGCAUUGAGCCUCAGCGUUACUAUGAACUAAAAGAGAAGGACGUGUUGAAAUUUGGGUUCAGCAGCAGGGAGUAUGUUCUCCUCCACGAGUCGUCAGACACCACAGAGGUGGACCAGAAGUCAGAAGAGGAGGAGGAGGAAGAGGAGGAAGAGCAAGAGUCGACCUGAGAAGCCCCUCCGGGAACCUGGAGCUGUUCCUGCAGCCGAACUCAGACCCUGAGCGCAGGCUGGACGGCCGGAGCGUUGCUGCACUGAUGCCUUUCACUGCCUUAAACUGCUCUCCUCCGUGGGAAAGGUUACAGCUCAUUUGGGGAACUCCUCACACAGGUCCACUGGGCUGAUGGUGGUUCCGACUGGUCCAAAGGUGUGAAGGAGCCAGCCAACAAAGCAGCGUCUCUGUCUGUUUUUAAAAUAAAGGCCACAAUCCACACUGGACAAUGAGGACCGUUUCCAAAUAACCGAUACUGUUGUAUUGAUUUCUUCCUGUCCCCGCUCCUUCCCCCACAAACAGCUAAAAUAUAGAGCCUACUUAUUUUUUAAAGUAGAAUUUUGGGAUAUACAAAGGACCGGGGAGUGUUCUGUAAUGUCUUUAGUUGUUUUUAUUAAUGUGUUAAAAUGAAAGAAAUUAAAAGACUUUAUAUGGAUUUCUAUGAUGCAUGUAGGCAGUUUUGCAGCAAAAUCUGUUUCCAGGGAUACAUGUUUGCAGCUCCCAGGCUGCGUGAUCUAGAGUAAAAAGAGAGCAUUUCCCUGUGUUGAUCUCUGUGGAUUCCUUACUGGUAAAAUGGGAAUGGCUGCGGCAGGGGUGUGUGUAUGUUUCUCAGGCACUUCUGUUGCCCCGUGGACCUAUUUUUCACUUGGUACGGUGGGUAUAAUUUCCAGCAAAGUAUUAAAGAACAUUCUCUUACUGUGAACCCAUGGAUGCCAGCACCCACUUAUUCCUUUGAUAGGGAGAGGCAGACAUGGUGUAUACUGUGGGGAACAGUACAAGAGUUUAACCCUUUUUCUGUCCUGAAAACUUUGCGCAGGUUUAUAUUUCUCUGGUUCAGUGUGUAGGCACCUUGUGAAAAGGAAGAGGUAGGGAACUUUGGCUCCUCCAGAGGCUGUGCACAAAUACCCUUGGAAGUUGUGGACAAGCACCCCUGGAGCAAAGGAAAAACUGUGCUGGAUGUAGCUUUUCUUUUACUGUUCCACAGGUUUGAGUGGGCUUCCGUUUUGCAAAAAUGUAUUUUGCACAUAGGAUUGUGUGCCCAGUUAAGGGCACUGUGGGUUUAUCGUAAAUGUGGGGCCAAAGACCGGUUAUUGAGACAGAAGGUGGCGGAUGGAAACAGCUUUGGACAGCAGUCAGUCUCCUUCAUUAUAGUUCUUUUUUUUUAAUAAAAGAUUUGUAAAUUUAGUUUGAA